AUGGCAAGAACCAAGCAGACCGCUCGUAAAUCCACCGGAGGCAAAGCCCCCAGGAAGCAGCUGGCCACCAAGGCUGCGCGCAAGAGCGCCCCGGCCACCGGCGGCGUGAAGAAGCCUCACCGUUACAGGCCCGGUACCGUGGCUCUGAGAGAGAUCCGUCGCUACCAGAAAUCUACGGAGCUGCUGAUCCGCAAGCUGCCCUUCCAGCGCCUGGCCAGCGAGGCUUACCUGGUCGGCCUGUUUGAGGACACCAACCUGUGCGCCAUCCACGCCAAGAGGGUAACCAUCAUGCCCAAGGACAUCCAGCUGGCCCGCCGCAUCCGCGGAGAGAGAGCUUAA